CGUCUUUUCUAGACUCGCAGCCAAUCCGAUAGGUAUAUCUGGAAGCAGCGUGCUCAAGGGCAGAGAGAGCGAGCACAUUAGAGAGGAAGACCCGAGCGGAGCAAACCUCGUGGGCUGCGUGGAAGCGAAGAUUCUGUGAAGCAGCAAUGGAUCAGGCAAGGACAACAAUAUCCAAAAUUUUUAAUGGGGAGCCGCACUCCUACACGCGUUUCAACUUGACCCAGAACAUGGAAGGCGAUAACAGCCAGGUGGAGAUGAAGCUAUCAUCUGACAUGGAUGAGGAGGUUGGGGGAAAUGGUGUGGGAGAGCAUCUCAACCAUAACUCCAGCCGCAAACCCUACAUGGCUCAAAAGCUGGGACGCACACCGAAGAAUCUCUGCUUCAUGGCAGCUUCCACCCUUCUCAUCUUUAUUAUCGGGUACUUGAUUGGUUACCUGGUUCACCGGAAGAAGGAUGUGGCUCCAAACUGUGCAGCCUCUGUGCUCCCCUUUGAAAAACCUGCUGAACACGAGACAGGUGCUGCCCCUCUCAUGGACUGGGACGAUGUCAAAAAGCUCUUCGCACAAAAACUCUCUCCACCCAAAUUUGAACCUGUCCUCAGUGAGUUUUCCACUGCUGACCACCGAGCUGGUUCUUCAGGAGAUGAGAGUUUGGGGAACAAGGUGCUCAACAGGUUUAAAGAGUACGGCAUGAACAGCUGGACCGAUGAGCACUUUGUUAAGGUUCAAGACCCUCCAGCUUCUGGAUACAACAAGUUUGUUUUCAAGAAUGGAAGUGAGGAGCGUCUAGAUGGAUUUCUGUCAUACAGUGGCAAUGGAGCAGUAAAGGGUGCCGUGUUGUAUGCACAUUACGGGGAGGAAAGUGACUUCAGGAUGCUGCGUGACAAGAACAUCAACAUGAGUGGCCGGGUCAUGCUGGUCAGAGCUGGUAGGAUCAGCUUUGCUGAGAAGGUUGCUAAUGCUGCCAAAAUGAGUGCCUCUGCUGUGUUGAUCUACCCAGAUUCUGCUGAUUACACUUCUGAUGAGACCACUCAGUUCUUUGGACAUGUUCACCUGGGUUCAGGAGAUCCCUACACACCAGGCUUCCCCUCUUUCAACCACACUCAGUUCCCACCGGUCCAGUCUUCAGGCCUGCCAAAAAUCUUGGCUCAGACCAUCACAGCACGCAUGGCUACCAACAUUCUGAGGCAGCUGGGGGGUCAGAAUGUGCCUGAAGGUUGGGGAGUCGUCACCAAACUGGGAGAUGAGACCGAUGUUAUUACUGUGGAAGUCAACAAUGUUCUUACUGAGAAGAAGAUUAUAAAUGUCUUUGGGGUCAUCAAAGGCUUUGUGGAUUCAGAUCGAUAUGUGGUUAUUGGUGCCCAGAGGGAUGCUUGGGGUUCAGGUUUUGCUGCAUCGACUGUCGGGACCAGUGUCCUUGUUGAGCUGGCACGUUCCAUAUCGGACAUGGUGAAGAACAACGGAUUCAAGCCAAGGAGAAGCAUUGUGUUUGCCAGUUGGAGUGCUGGAGAGUAUGGGAGCGUUGGCGCCACCGAGUGGUUGGAGGGUUAUCUUUCUUCUCUGAGCAUGAAGGCCUUCUCCUACAUCAACCUGGAUGGAGUCGUAUCAGGUCGGAAUGGAUUUAAAGUGGCAGCCAGUCCCUUGAUGUAUAACCUGAUCGAGGGCGCUCUGAAGGAGGUGAACUACACAAACCAGGCAUCUCUCUAUUCUCAAUUUGCAAAGGGCAACUGGGAACAAAAUCUGUUGGAGCCUAUGAAGUUGGAUAAUGCUGCAUAUCCAUUCCUCGCCUUUUCUGGCAUUCCCUCAGUGUCAUUUAGAUUCACUUCUGGUAAUCCAGAGUAUCCGUACUUUGGCACAAUGCUGGACACCCGGGAGAAACUGAACGCUGCCACAUCCAACCAGGUUCCUCAGCUGGCUGAAACAGCAACCCGGUUUGCAGGUCACAUGGUGCUGAGGCUGGUCCAUGAUCAUUUGCUGCGGAUGGACCUGAUGAAGUAUGACAAGAUUAUACGGAAUCGGGUGGCUCAGAUCAACAGGGAAGUUCUUAAGAUUAAGAAGAUGCAUCCCCAGCUGUUGCCUAAGGCCCUGACAGUGAAGUGGUUGAUCAUGGCCCAUGGCUCCUACAGCCGCGCAUCUCAAAGCCUGGCAAGAGACAUCAAGAACAGCGACCUGGAAGACAUAGAAAUGUGCCGCAUCAUUAAUGACCGCAUCAUGUCGGUGGAAAGGAACUUCCUGUCACCCUAUAUGUCUCCCAAAGAGAGUCCUUUCCGUCAUAUCCUGCUGGGGUCUGGUCCUCACACUCUCAAGGGUCUGUCCAACCACCUGGAAGCCCUCAGGGCUGACAACCCUGAGGCAGACGCCGACCUGUUCCGUCACCAGUUCGCCCUGGCAACCUGGACCAUUCAGGGCUGUGCCAACACUAUAGCAGGGGACAUCUGGUCUUUGGAUAAUGAAAUCUAAAAUGUAUUUUCUGCCCUCCUCCCUUGUUCAAGGUUUGGCCCUUUUUAUCACGACUAGCAGUGUGAAAACCAGUAGGCUGUGACGAUUCACCAACAGUCACGGUUUCUAAAUGUAUACCAAAAGCACAGUCAUAUCACCUCUAUUCUGUAAUCUUCAACAUUUCAGUCAUAAGUUGCCCCAUCUCCCUCCUUCAGCCUUAACAAAAAGUUGAUCUCUUUUCCGUUUUACCAUGUGGUACUGAAAUACCACAUUAUAAAUACUUUGGUGCUAGUAACAACUACCUUCAAGCGGCCAUGUUAUGUGGCAGUACUACUUAAAUUGGUGUUUGAUGAAUGUAGUGAAAGUGAUGCUUUUUCAGCACAGUAUCAGGUCAUCUGUUUGCCAGCUCGGAGAUUAAAAACAAAAACAAAAGGGCAUUGUGAUCUAAUAAGCUAAUGACUCUCCAUUUGUUUACCAUAAUUCUUACAAAUCAAAACUGCUGGGAUUUCCACUGCUGCUGAAGCCUCGUGUUCAAACCUGAGCUGGUUUAUGUUGGUAGCUAUAAUUUCAUACUGUGCUGAAAUGUGCCGCUCAACUCACUGUCAGAGAUUCAGAAGUUGCUAAAAAAGGACUGAAGAUUAAUUUAUAAUGACACAACAACAGUUGUGAUGCACAGAAUACACAGAAAUGGAUCUUGGACAUCUUGAUCGUCUGUCGUUACUUGGCGCUUAACAUGUGUGCUGCAUUAAUCUUUUAAGCAAAGUCCUAAUUACACGCAACAAUAGCUAAAAAAAUUAUUUAAAAAUCUGAAUUGGUUAAUUAUCUGAAUCGUCCACCUCCUGGCAUGAGAGCAAAUCCGUAGGCCUUUCAAAAACUUAAGGGAGAUGUGGCACUUGAACAGAAUCCAUACGUCUAUUUAUUGUUAUUUAUUUAUCAGUGGCAGGGUUCACUAUAAAUAGUUUUUUAUCGCCUUUUAUAAAAACAAAUGUAUAAUUAUCGGGAGCAGUGCCUUCCAUAAUUAUGACAGUUAUACUGUCGAAUUGACAAAAGCAGCAUCUGCUAAAAGAAGUGUACAUGUGGACCGACGGCCAGUACUGAACCCAACAAUCAAAUUCUACCUAACUGACACUGGAUUGGUUCUUUAGGCAAGACCAUAUCGAACUUACUGAACACCUUUUGGCUGACUGUCAGUACCGGUCCCUUGGUCCAUGCACACUUCUCGUCUCGACAUUAUCGGGAGCAGUGUCUUCCAUAAUGUAAAAAAAGAAGGUAGUUUUUGCCUACCAGUGUGUGUCUGUAUCGGAGGCAGUGCCCUCCAUAUUUCACUGUAGGGGUGGAUGUUUUUUAUUAUCGGGAACAGUGUUUCCCAUAAUGUGUACAUAAUGAAUACAUUGCUAUACCAUGCACAUGCUGUGUGCAUCUUCAGAACGCUUCUGCCGUUUCUGCGCUAAUGUACCUUCUCUAGUUUCCUCCAAGUCUGCAGCUUCAGCCCACAAAGCUGAAAGAUAGUGAUGAGUUUUAACAUCAGGUCCUCGAAAAAUGUUUCUCAUCUUGUCUGCUUUUUGAGGUAAAGGUGCUGCAGGUCUUUACAUUUUCUGAGUGUCUCAUUUUUAAUCAAACGCUUAUAAUGUGUUGUCUUUUCUUUGGGCUUCAUAUGGAACUAACAUGGAAGGUCUUUGGCUUUAAAGAAAUGUUACAAACAUGUUUGGGACCACUGGUUACAGCUGUGUGGUUCAGUAAAGAUCACCACUCUGCAAAAGGGUUUUGUUUUUAAUGAUGCAGUCGGUGUGAAAGUACAGACUGCUUACUUUUUUGAUGUGUUCAUUCUUUUCUUUGUGCCUUUUUUCUGUUGUUUCAUGACUGCUUUAUGGAGCUGAGUUUCUACGUACAGUACUGCACUUCCAGAGGUUUUGAAGGACGUAUACUUGGCUUGUUUUUUUGUUUUGACACUUCUGUAUUUCUUUCUUUUUUCUGUUGUCUACUAGAAUCAAGUUACUGGAUUAAAAGCCUGUUAUGCUAAAACACCUUUUUAGAAAAAAGUUACCAGAAGAAUGAAAGUUGUAAAAAAAGUGGACAAAUGACAAAAUCUUACAAAAUUGCACUGAAUGUUAAAGUAGCUCACGUGGACCUCCUUUAGCUAAUCUGCUAAAUGUGGUCAGACUGUUUUUGAUUUGUUUAUGAAAAACUACACAAACUUCAUUAGUUUUACAUCAGUAGCCCUCUUUAAUGAUCCUUUAAGCAUUGAUGCAUCAGUAGUCUGAGUGAAUUAAAUGGAUCUGCUGGGCUACAAGUUGCAUUUCUAAUGGUCAUCACAAAAAUCCAAACCCGUUCUUAAGAGGAUGUAGACGUAGGAAUUAAUCUGCAGAAUUUGUUUGACAAGUUUUGUCACAAAUGUUGGAUAAAUGUUUGGAAAUUGUUAAAAUAACAAUGCUUUUUUCUUCUUCAAACUGUACACAAGUUUGCUUAGCUUUACGUUUCUGUUGCUGCAAUAAACAAUCCCAUCACAA